GCGAGAACGUCGGAGCAGCAACAGCCUUUAUCUCAAAAUCAUCAAAAUGUGGACAAUCGCUCACGCUGGUUCUCCUGCUAAGAAUCCAGCAUCGGCGGUGGGAUUGUGUGUGUAUCAACGAGCCUGAAGGUGAAAUCGUCAAGUUACUGGCAAACAACCUCACCUCUCAUUCCCACUACGGCGUUCAGGACUUUUAUUGUAAUUCCCAGAUCCUCAGAGGUGUCAGAGGUCGUGUGGUUUGCUUCCAGCUGUGAUGGACAUCAGCCAGGACGAGCCUGCGGUCCUUCUCCCUGAGCAUUAGCGGCGAACCUGCACAGCAUGAUCUAUCUGGCCGACACCGCUCACUGGCAGUUCCUGGGGCUGGUGGUGGGGUUCCUGUCAUGGAUCCUCACCAUGAUCACCGCCGGCCUGAACGAGUGGCGGCUGUGGCGGGUGGCCGACGUGUCGGUGGUGACCUCGGGCGUGGCGUGGGUGGGCAUCUGGAGGGCGUGCUUCUACAGCCACGUCCUUCCCAGCGUGGAGACCUGCCGGCGCAUCGGCCUCUCAGACGCCUUUGCCCCCGUGGAGAUCCCCGCGGCUCAGGUCCUGGUCAUGCUGGCGGUGGUCUGUGGCCUGGCGGGGAACGUCAGCGCCGCGGUGGCUGUGAGGAUGGUCUACUUCUCCCUGGACGAUCGGAGGAGCAUCCGAGUGGUCUUCCUGUCGGCGGGGACCCUGUACUUCCUCACUGCGAUGUUAUUGCUGGUACCGCUGGUGUGGAACAUGAAUUCUGUGCUGAACAACAGCACCAUAGACUUUCCCCCUGACUUUUACCUCCCCGCUGCACCCGUCAGUCAGCAGGUCGGCUCGGCCAUCGGCCUGGGGAUGGUCGCCUCCAUCCUGAUGCUCAUAAGCAGCCUGCUCUUCCUCUGUUACCGGUUCGCCUGGCGUAACCCGAGCUCGGAGGCCCCCAGAGACACGGGCGACCCGCUCAACGGUCCGUGGCAGGUAACGACCCUGAAGCGCAAGGCGGACUUACCCAAUGGAAGCAAGCAGGGCCAAGAUAACCCCGCAUUUCACACCGAAGAGGAGAGAAACCCCUCAUGAGAAAUAGAUGGAUUUAACCCAAAUUCUAACGUCUACAGAGGAAAAUCAAUAAUAAACUUUUAGUUCUAUUUCAGGACCAGUCCUAAAAAUGUGAAAAAAAAAACUUUAAAUUCAAAACCUAAUACGUACGUACACUGGUUUUCUUAACUUGUCAGUGUAGUUUCUAGUUUUGUUUUUCAUUCCUCUUUCAGGCCAAAUGUCAGAACAUCUGUCUCUAAAUUCCUAGAAUGACAGGAUAAGAGAGAAAAAACCUAAUCUGUAAAGCUGUGUGUCCGAAAACCAAAACAGUGAGCUGAAAGAUGCUAAAGUGCUCCAUGAGGCUCAGGGCAAUAUAACAACAUGGUGAUAGUGAUACUGUCUAUGUUACUAUCAGCACAACCUUUCACACAGCAGUAGUCAUGUGUUUGUUGAUACCAAAGUCAACACUGAUUGAAGUACUUGCAUUUACUACAUGGUCUGUGUAUAAUAUGUUGUGGGUAGAUUUCUGAUGUCGUUAAUAAAAUC